AUGACCUCCACCAGCGAGGGCGCCGCUGCCGCGGCCGUUGCCGCCACCGCCCCGGCCGCUGGGUCGGGCUCCGACUCCAGCCGCGACGUCUGGAUCUCCGUCGAGGGCAGCCGCCAGCUGUCCUCGGACGCGGACGCGGGGGCCAAGAUCCCGGCCGUGGGCAGCGGCGAGGUCUAUCAGUCCACUAUGCUGCAGGAGACGAUCCUGGACAGGAUCCCGGACAACAGGAGGGUGGCCGUCCGGUUCAAAGGGGUGAAUGGCUGGGUGCCAUCCGGCCUCGGCCCAGGGGGCCCGGGAGAAGGCCUGGGCAAGAAGGCUUGGCGCAAGAUGAUUUCUGUGCGGGGGAAGAAGGAGGAGGGGAGCUCCGGCUCGGACUCGCAGGCCCCAGCCCCGCUUGGCAAGAGACAGAUUUUGCACAAUAUUUGUGGCGGUGUCUCACCGGGAGAAGUGUUGGCGCUGAUGGGCCCUUCAGGAUCGGGGAAGACAUCGUUCAUUUCGGUCUUGGGAGGAAGGAAGCCAGCGGCGAUGGAGGCUGAGGGUGAGAUGCUUUUCAAUGGGAAACCGCUGGACAAGGCCAUGAAGAGGCGUGUGGGGUUCGUCCUCCAGGAUGAUCUGAUGUUUGAAACCUUGACAGUUGAGGAGACACUGUACUAUGCAGCCAUGCUGCGGCUGCCAAAGUCGAUGACCAGAGAAGAGAAGAAAAGCCGCGUCGAAACUGUGAUUGCCUCCCUCGGCAUCGAGAAGUGCCGUGGCACUCUGAUAGGUGGUUUUAUGGUGCGGGGUGUGUCUGGUGGUGAGCGGAAGCGUGUAUCUGUGGGACACGAGCUGUUGAUCGACCCUGCGUUCAUAUUGCUGGAUGAGCCCACAAGUGGGUUGGAUGCCACCACAGCCAUGCACCUCAUGACGACCCUGCGUCAGCUCGCGGAGGGCGGCCGUGCAGUGCUGACGACCAUCCACCAGCCUUCAAGCCGGCUGUACAGACAGCUGGACAAUGUGCUGCUGCUGAGCGAGGGCCACAUAAUGUACUAUGGGUCGGGCAAGUUGGCGAUCGAGUGGUUCAAGCACGUGGGGUGCUCGUGCCCAUAUGGUGUCAACAUCGCCGACUACAUGCUUGAUCUGGCCAACGGUGAAAUGGAUGCUGAGGGCAGGAAAGAUGACGCCAUGAAGGACCAAAUCGUCGCCAGAUAUGAGCACUUUGGCAUCAGCCACAAGGAAGGCUUGCAGUCACUGGCAGAGUUGGAACAGGAGGGGGCUGAUGAGGCACAGGUGCUCCCAGAGGACGUUGGCGGACGGAGGUCAAUGCAGCUGCAGAUGGACGUAUCUGGUACCAAGGGAGACCGGUGGGGCGCCACCUACUGGGGACAGGUGACCAUCCUGUUUGAGCGGUGCAUCAAGAUCAGGAGGUCAGAGUCGCUGGGGCUGCAGCAGUAUUUGAGACUGCUGCUAACUGCCAUCAUAGCAGCUGGUCUGUGGUGGCAAGUGGGCGGCGAAGCCACCCUCAAGUCCGCCUCAGACACCGUCGGCCUACUCUUCUUUGAGCAGCUCUUCGUCUCCCUCAUGGCCCUCUUCGCCUCCGUCUUCACCUUCCCCGCCGACUUCAACAUGAUGCUCAAGGAGCGCAGCAGCGGCAUGUACCGCCUGUCCACCUACUACAUCGCCCGCACGGCUGCCGACUUGCCCAUGGACCUCACCAUACCCUCCCUGUUCGUCUUCGUGAUCUACUGGUCCACCGGCCUGAGGAUAUCUGCCGGCGCAUUCUUCGGCAACUGGCUUGGGGUCAUGCUCCUCACACUGGUGGGGCAGUCCGUUGGCAUGCUGAUCGGCGCGAGUGUGAUGGAUGUGCAGAAGGCCCAGACCGUGGCCACCGUCCUGAUGCUGGGGCUGAUGCUUGUCGGGGGGUUCUUCGUGCGGGAGGUGCCAAGCUGGAUCGACUGGCUGAAGUAUGGGAGCUUCAUCUGGUGGGGGUUCAGCCUGCUCAACAAGAUUGAGUUCGGGGGCAGGAGUUUUGUGGACUGUGGAGAUCUGGGCGUGGCGGAGGUGGAUGGCUGCGUGCCGGUGGACGACCUGCAGGAUGCGCUGAACCUGCCCACAGACGUGGACAAGUCGGUGUGGCCAGAGCUGGUGUUCCUUUUCGCCAGCUUGGUGAUCAUGAGGUGGAUGAUCUACGAGGUGCUCAGAAGGAAGACAAUGGCGUGA